CAAUCUCCUUGGUGGAGUUUUCAAAAUCAAUCAAUAAAAAUGGACGCCAAGCAAUUACAACAAGUUUUGGAAGCCGUCCUUAAGCAACAAGCCCAGACCACCUCUACAGCCAAUAAUGCAACAUUAGCUUCUGCUUUAAGUGGACGCAUCACCACAUUCAAUUAUGAUCCUGAAAACGGAUCGACAUUUGAAAGCUGGUUUAAAAGGUUUGGUACCUUAAUAAAUGAUGAUGGGAAAGACCUCCCAGAUGCUUCAAAGGUUAGGCUGUUGGUAGGAAAAUUGGGAGAAGAAGAAUACGCCAAAUACAGCAACAGCGUAGCUCCCGACACACCCGAUAUCAUUACGUUCAAUUUAUUCUUCCACUUUAAUUUGUAA